GAGCAGGAGCGCCGCUGGGUGUAGAAAAAGGCUCUGUUGAGCCGUUCAAAGCAGGCAAAUUGCUACACAGCUGCGGCAGCCCAGCCCGCCUUCCAGUGCCGGCUAUGCAAGAUACUCGAGUAACUUUCGUCUAUGAUCGGACGAUGAUUCAAUUCGCUUGUGAUCUGCCGGUUUCUAUGAAAAGCCCCAGCCCGUGUCUUGCGAUAGCGUUCCAAGUGCGUUCUCCGCACGUGGUCGGAGCCCAGCCGGCAUAAUACUUCCAGAAAUCCGAGGUCGAGAUCAAGAAUCCAUAACCAGCUCCAGGGCGCAUCUAAUCAUUCAAAAUCACUCGAUUCCUCAUUUUUUCCCUGUAAGGCAAGGGUUCGCGGUUUUGCGGCUCUUUCACCUUGCCAAGAACCAAAUCCCCCUCAUAAAAGAUUCAUCCCACCAUUCAUUGACACAUCUCCCAACCUGUUCCGACCAUACAUACAGAUAUGAAGCUCGACACACAUGCGAUACGAUACCUCACGGGUGAGGACUGGCGUGUCCUUACCGCCGUAAGCUCUCUUCCUUCUCCCCCCUCCAACACCCGUCCAAGCAGCAAGUAUCUGACCUUUGGGCAGGUGGAAAUGGGCAGCAAGAAUCAUGAAGUCGUCCCCACGGCAUUGAUCGCGCAAAUAUCCGGUCUGAGAGGUGUGAGUGGGGUUAAUAAGUGCAUAUCGAGCCUGGCAAAGGUGGGACUUAUUGGGAGGGUUAAAAAUGCGAAAUGUUUUUCCGGAACCACCCAGUGUCCAUAGGGCCGUGAAGGAAGCUAAUAGAGAGGAGCAGAUGAUGGCUACCGACUGACGUACGGCGGGUUGGACUAUCUCGCACUAAACACAUUCUCGAAGAGAAAGAGCGUUUAUUCGGUCGGGAACCAGAUUGGUGUUGGGAAGGAGUCGGAUAUUUAUGUUGUCGCCGACGAGACGGGCACUCAGAGAGUUCUGAAGAUUCACCGGUGCGCCAUUUCCCUCUCCUCUCCAUGAUCCACUACAGGAUGCGUUGCUAACCCUUCAAUUUGGCGGAAUAGAUUGGGUAGGAUUUCCUUCCGCACCGUAAAGGCCAACCGUGACUACCUCCGUAACCGACACAGCGGUAGCUGGAUGUACAUGUCACGUCUAGCGGCACUAAAGGAGUACGCCUUCAUGAAGAUCCUGCACGAGAACAGCUUCCCGGUUCCAGUCCCACUGGACCAAGCCCGUCACUGCAUAGUAAUGACACUAAUCGACGCUUUUCCCCUUCGUCAAAUCUCAACCCUGGCAUCACCCUCAACGCUUUACGCAAAACUCAUGGAACUCAUUCUACGCUUUGCCUCGCAGGGCCUUAUCCAUGGUGACUUUAACGAGUUCAACAUCCUUGUCCACGAGGAUACACGGGAGCCUGUCGUCAUUGACUUCCCCCAGAUGGUCAGCGUGGAUCAUGCUAAUGCCAAGGAAUAUUUUGAGCGGGACGUCAAGUGUAUCAAGGACUUUUUCAAGAAGCGGUUCAGGUAUACCGCUGACGAUGACGGGCCACUUUGGAGUGAUGUCAAGAGGGUCGGGAAGUUGGAUGUGCUCGUUGAGGCGAGUGGGUUUUCGAGGAAGCAGGCAAGGGAGUUGGAGAAGUAUAUGAAGGAAGUAGCUCCCCUGGCGGAUAACAAUGAAACAGAGGAUACGGUGGGGGGAAGGGAGGGGGCCGAGGCCGAGGACGAGGGUGACGACGUGGACGGGGAUGGUGAAGAAGAGGAAGAGGAGGAAGGCGAAGAAGAGGAGGUGCCGGAAGGGGCAAUCGAAGAGGCCGGGAAACCAAUGAUUGGCGAGGACGGGAGGGAACUGUUAGAUGCCCUAGGAAAUACUCGCAUAUCGUGAUCACGGCAACACGACUUGGCCUUACGAGAUAAAAGUUUCGGCGGUGUUAACGGUGUUAUGGUGGUUCUGCGAUAGCUCACAACGCUCACGACAUUCCUGAACCAGCCGACAAGCUCUUGAUAAAUAUUUUACAAUGCAAACAACAGCACCCGAGUAAGUGCCGGCGUAGCUUAUUCAAUGCAAGAAAUGUGCCAAUAGCGCAGAACAUGGACCGGUAACAUAGGCCAAGACAGGUGGGAGGAACACCGCAGUCUCAUCAUUGAUAUAUAGCGGUAACUUGCGUAAAUUAAAUAGUCACUCGAGUGCCGGUGCGUAAGCAGUUUCCCA